CCUGCCGCAGCUGCCAUGGCCCAAGCCGGAGGGGAGGUCGCCCGGGAGCUGCAAGACAGCAUCCGGAAGUCCCUGAACCGGCCUCCCAUCCACCUCCUGGUGAGGGUGAAAUUAGAAACCAAGCCCAAGAAAACUGAAGAUCGGGUGCUGGUCCUGACUGCCUGGCGUGUCUAUCUGUUUGGGGUCAAGGUGCCAGCCAAGAUCGAAUGCUCUUUCAAUGUGCUAGAGAUCCGUGCUUUAAACGCCCUGAAUCACAACCAGAUCCUGGUCGAGACAGAGAAAGCAACUUACAGCUUGAAAUUCCCCACCCCAGAAAGCGCCGACCAGGUCACGAGGCAUGUUAACACGGCCUUAGCCAAAAUAUUUCCAAGCCCGGCCUCUGUUUGCUUGAUACGCCAUGGGAAUGCUGAGACCCCGGAGACGCCACGGGACAUGUCCCCUCACUCAGAGAGCUCCAACUCCACCACCCACAGCAUCUGCGGAGGUUUUUCGGAGACAUACGCCGCACUGUGUGACUACAAUGGGCACUGUUGCCGAGAAGAGGUGCAGUGGGAUGUGGACACGAUUUAUCAUUCCGAAGACAAUCGGGAGUUCAACCUGCUUGAUUUCUGUCACCUGGAAAGCAGGGACCUGGCGCUAAUCGUAGCUGCUCUGGCUUACAACCAGUGGUUCACCAAAAUCUACUGUAAAGAUCUGCGGUUGGGCUCAGAGGUAGCCGAGCAAGUUCUGCACACGGUGAGCAAGUCCCAUCACAUGGAGGAGCUGGUCCUGGACAACGCGGGGUUAAAAACAGAUUUUGCCUUGAAGCUCUCCUGUGUUUUAGCAGAGAACCCGAACACGGCUCUCCAUGCCCUGACGCUGUCCCACAACCCUCUGGAGGACAAAGGUCUCAGCGCUCUGAGCCAACAGCUGCUGUGUUUCCACAAAGGCCUGAGCAAACUCUGCCUUUCCAAGACCAGCAUCACCGCCAAAGGACUUGCAAUUCUGUGCCAGACAUUAGGUGCCAAUCCGGCUUUCACCAGCUCCCUCCGCCAUCUUGACCUAAGCAAGAAUCCGGGGCUGCUGGGGACCGAGGAAGCAAACGGCUUCUAUUCAUUCUUGGCCCAACCCAAUGCUCUCGUUCACCUGGACUUAUCCUCCACAGACUGUGCAGUAGAUGCACUCUUCGGGGCCCUUUUGCAUGGCUGUUGCCCACGGCUUAGCUACCUCAAUCUCGCACGAAACACCUUCUCCCACCGGAAAGGAAAGGGGAUGCACCCUUCUCUCAAGCAGUUCUUCUGCAGCGCCUAUUCCCUCAGCUACGUCAACCUCUCAGGCAUCAAAAUGCCUGUGGAGGCAUUAAGGUCUCUUUUCCAAGGUUUGUCAGCCAACACUCACCUCAGUGACCUUCACUUGGACUUGAGCGGAUGUGAGCUGCGUUCCCCCGGGGCCCAGGUUCUUCAAGAGCAACUGUCUGGAAUUAGCGCCUUGAGUAGUUUGGAUCUUUCCGACAACGGCUUCGAUACAGACUUGCUUACCUUGGUGCCAGCCCUGGGCAAGAAUAAAUUGCUGAAGCACCUCUGGCUGGGCAAGAACUUCAACGUCAAAUCCCGGACUUUGGAGGAAAUCUUGCAAAAGAUUGUGCAACUCAUCCAAGAAGAUGAUUGUUCCCUGCAGACUUUCUCGGUCGCUGAUUCCCGGCUGAAAACUCGCACCAGCAUCCUCAUCAACGCCCUCGGCAGUAACACUUGCUUGACCAAGGUGGACCUGAGUGGGAACUGCAUGGAGGACAUCGGGGCAAAGAUGCUGUCCAAAGCCCUGCAGAUCAACAGCACGCUGAGGAGUAUUUCCUGGGACAGGAACAACACAACCGCACAAGGUUUCCAAGACAUUGCCCGGGCCUUGGAGAACAACUACACCCUUAAGUUCAUGUCCUUCCCUAUGAACGACAUCACCGCAGCCUAUCGCAACACCCCCGAGCGGACAGAUGAAGUGUGGCAAAAGAUCCAGUGGUGUCUUCUCAGGAACAACCACUCACAAAAGUUCCCCCAGGAUCAAGCCUUCCGCCUCCACCAAGGAAUCGUCACCAAUAGCGCCGAGCAAAUGAUGAGCCGCCUGUGUGUGAGAGUCCAGGAAGAAGUGCGGGUGCUCCGAACCUGCUCGGCUGAUUCCGUCCAGGAGGAGGUGCUGUAUGCACGAGAGCUCAUGAAGGAAGCCAAGAAUUCACGGGCGCUCUUCCCCAGCCUGUACGAGCUUGGGCAUAUAUUGGCCAGCGAUGGGCCAGUCCGACACAGACUGGAGUCAGUAGCCAGUGAGGUGUCAAAGGCCGUGGACAAAGAGCUGCAGGUGAUCCUGGAGUCUAUGGUCGCCCUUACCCAGGAGCUCUGCCCGCAUGCCGUGCAGGCGGCCGAAGAGCAUAACAAGAUGUUGGCAGCCGUUUCGGAGCGUGUCACUGUCCCCCGAAACUUCAUCCGGGGGGCUCUGCUGGAACAGGCCGGGCAGGAUAUUCAGAACAAGCUCAACGAAGUGAAGCUCUCCGUCGUGACGUAUCUCACCAACACCAUCGUGGAAGAAUUGUUGCAGGAACUCUACCACGCUCACAAGAACCUGGCCCAGCACAUCACCCACCUCCGCCGGCUUUCUGGGGGUCAAGAGAACGCUGCCUUCCCGGAGCAACUGGGGAAGCCCCGUCUCCGUGACCACGAGGAGACCACAGACGAUGAGCUUGGCUCCAGCAUCGACACCAUGGCCAUCAAGAGGCGAAAGAACUGCCGGAGAAUCCGGCCUGCUUCUGCUUUCAUUAGUGGCUCAGAACAGGACGGCGACUUGGCAGUUCCCAGUAUGGACUCCUCUUUGGGGUGGAUCUCCUUGGCCAGUGGGAGCCAGUACUCCCGGUCCUGCAGCACAUCUUUUGAGGCUCUCUCUGACCUGCCAACCGAGGGCAUCCGGCUGCAGCACCAUACCCGGAGCAGACCCCGACCCCCUCGCACAGCUCCACACAACGGCUUCCAACCGGCUCUCUCAGCCCCACCCACCUCACAGGAGAAUGGGUUGGUACCACGGCUAGAUGAGGGUCUGGAUGAAUUUUUUAACAGAAGAGUUCUUGCUGACAACACCAGCUAUCCCAGGACGCCCAAGAGUUGCGGAGUCAGGCCAGGCCCUUCUGACCCGCUCCCACCUCAGCAAAAGAAGAGGAGGAGGGGCCUCUUCCAUUUUCGGAGGCAUCGCAGCAUGAAGGGGGAGCGGGACCCCGACGAUCUGCCCCCAAGUCCUCCCCCGCCACCCUUGGGUGGGGAAGAACAGAAGCCUUCACCUCGCUCUGCCUUCAGCCGAGAGGAAGAAAGGAAGUUAGGGCAGGAUGCCCUGGGAAUGGCAGUGGGUUUCCCAGGAAUGGGGGCAACGGCCCCGGGAAGUGGGGUGAAGGGUCUGCCGAGCAGAGUAAGACAGGGUUCCAAUCCUGACACAGAGCGGACAGAGCUAGAGGCCAAAGGGACAGAACUCUUGCAACCUUCAAGGGUCCAAGGGGUGGCAUUGCCGGGAAUGGGCCGUGCAAAGGGGUGGAGCCUGGAUGCCAAGUUGGAGAGCGUGGACCUAGAGCGAGGAGGCAGCAUGCGGGACCAGCAGAGAAGACGCUCCUCGGAUGACUCAGGGCAAGCCGGGUGGAGACCCCAUCCCCCAUUGCAGAGCACCAAGCCAAGCUUCGCCACCAUCCGUCGGGCCGAAGCCACCUGGGACAUCGCUGAAGAGAGCUCCCCCCGGGAAACCAGGGGAAAGGAGCCACAGAAAGAUGCCUCCCAGGAAAGAAUGCUGAGUGGGGCAGAUGAGAGCAGAGUUUUGCCUACACUCAGCUCUGAGAAGGAGAGUCUGAUAGCAGCAGUGAAGCAAUUCAGGGAUCCCUCAACCGCACCACGGCCUCCCAAACCAGUUGCCCUCCCCCGGGGCCGGAAACCCCCCAGCCAACCUGAGAGAAGCCGUAGCAACGAAGAAGCAGGCCUAGCAGUCGGGGCAGCUCCAGAAGAUACACGUACGUCAACCCCAAUAGCCCCGCCCCGCUGCCGACCUAAGGAACAUGAAAAUGAAGGGGACCCUGAGGUGGGAAGGAAGGCAGCCCCUCUCAAACCAAAGAGGACACGGCGAGCACAGUCGUGUGACAAGCUCGAUUCUGAUCGGGGCCGACAUCUGGGCUCUGGAGGUGCCAGUGACACACCCCUGCCUGACCCCCCUCCUCCCCCUCCUGACUGCAGCCUGCCCACCUGGAAAUCUCGCCCUGCUGUUUCCCAUCCUCUCCUUCCAGCGGACCGGACUGUGGGAACUCUCAAAUCUGGGACAGAAUGAUGGAUAGACGUUCCCUCGAUGCUGCCGCUGCAAGCUGCGGUGCCUUUUCAUCUUCUGACGGAAGCAAGGGAACAUGAAAGCUGCAAAGACCGAGAAUCACGGGGGAAACCUUCCCCAGGGUCCCCUUCCCACAAAGAGGGGCUGACCCCCCACCCCACCCUACAGAAACCAUCCAGGACCUGCUUGGUCUUCAGUGCUGCUGACCCCCCCCCAUUCUUUCCCCCCUCCUCCGUUUGUGCCUGUUUUCUUCCCUUGCUUCUGGGAUGGACCCAGUUUACCCUAUCACCCGGAAGGACACAACCACCCCCUUUUAAUCCUGGAGGGGCUGAGAAAAAGCCACAAUGAAUUCUCCCUCUCAACCAGUCGAUUUGGGGGUGUUGAGACUGACCCGCUCCCUGGAAGAGAAAUUCCAUGGCCGCCUUCUCGGUCCUCAGUUUCCUCCUCAUGCGGACCCCCACCCACCCAUCCUGUCCUCCUUGCUGCUCCUGCA